GACUUAAUUUCCAAACACUUUUCAACUUAAUUUGUUUUUGACAUCUACGAAAUUCUUUCUUUAGCGAUUGUAUUUCUCGUGGCGUGUGUAGAUUUUGGUGAUAAUUGAAUUAUGCCUGCUGUAGAAACGAUUAAAUCAUCUUGGGCCGAUGAAGUGGAACUUGAUUAUGGUGGCUUGCCACCAACUACCGAAACAAUAGAAAAUGGUUGUAAAUACGUCACCGAAUACAAGAACAACAAAGAUGAUAAAAAGGUAAAAGUUGUGCGAACGUAUAAAAUAACUAAGCAAGUGGUGCCCAGAACUGUAGCAAAAAGACGCACUUGGGCUAAAUUUGGUGAAUCCAAAAAUGAUAAGCCGGGUCCAAAUUCACAAACAACAAUUAUGGCUGAAGAAAUUUUUAUGCAAUUUCUUAAUUCUAAAGAGGAAGAAAAAGCUAAUGACCCAUUACUGGAUCCAACUAAAAAUAUUGCCAAGUGUCGUAUUUGUAAUGGUGACCAUUGGUCUGUAAAUUGUCCGUACAAAGGCACAGCAAUGGAUACUAAUUUAAUGGAAAAGAAAGCUGCUGCAGCUGCUGCUUCAGUUGUAGAAGCACCUAAGUCUGGUAAAUAUGUUCCGCCAUUCCUUAAAGAUAGUCAGAAGGGCGGUAUAGGAAUGCGUGGACGAGACGAUACUGCUGCUGUGCGCAUAUCAAAUCUUUCAGAAUCUAUGACUGAAGCUGAUCUCGAGGAACUUGUUAAGAAAAUUGGACCACAUAACAAAAUGUAUUUAGCACGCGAUAAAAAUACUGGCCUAUGUAAAGGCUUUGCUUACGUACAUUUUAAGCAACGUAAGGAUGCGGCUGCUGCUAUCGAAAUUUUAAACGGGCAUGGAUAUGAUCAUUUAAUUCUUAGUGUUGAGUGGUCAAAACCACAGAACAACAAUUAACUGCUAAAGUUCUUUUCAUAAUAUUUUAUGACAAAAGAAAUUUCUAUUGGAAC